AAGACAUCGAUAAACCGUAUGUUUACAAAAAUUUACAGCUAUCAUUUUUGAAGGUACCUUCCUAAUUGGCUUUGGAUUGGAUUUUGUGUUACAAUUAUUUCGUAAUACUAUGGAUUCCUCUCAAAGUCAAGCUCGGAUGGCGACGGAAGAAUCGGAUCAAGAUGUUAGAAUAUUGUGCUUGCAAAAUCUGAUUGAAAAGAACAUUGAGAUAGAGCAACAAAUUGAGAACAAUACGUUUGGCCAAUCCAUCGCGGCAAUCGAAGAAAUCCUUCGUACAGCGAACGAUAUAAGCAAGGGACAUGAAGACCGCCGUACAAACUCGACGGAGCUUGUUCUGGACACGGAACUGUUGAGGCGCAAUCAUGAAGUUGUGGGAAAGGCAAUACAGCACAACACUAACUUUACGGACAGAAUGGUGAUCACGGCAAUCAACGAUUUGGUUUUCAAAGAACAUGAAGAGGACUGGGAUGCUGUAUGCGAACUGGCCAUUCAGUUUGGCAGACCGCUCUUCACAAAUGAUAGCAUGCUACCGUUCAUAGAUGUUGCUCCAAAGGAAGUCAUCCCCAAACAGCGUGCUCAACGCAAAACAAAAUCUCAAGUUGAAGAAAAGCGUCCAAAGAGGAGUGAUAAAUUGGAACGCAAGGACGAAGGUGCAGCCUCCGUCAGUCAUAUGCUGAAACAGAUCAGGCAAAUAUAUCGGGAGGGCAGUAAUCAACCGAUUCCGUAUUUCAAAUUAAUUUGCAAUCCAAAUAACUUCAUGGACACCGUUCAGAAUGCGUUGCAACUUUCGUUUCUUGUCAAGGAGAACUUAAUCUCCGUUGAAAACGGCGAGGAUGGUUUGCCUUUGGUUCACGUUGUGAGUUCAAAAAGAGUGGAGGGAAAUGAGCCUGCCCAGGCAAUUUGUUCUAUUGAUGUUUCAUUUUGUGAGAAAAUGGCAAAGCACUACGAUCUAUCUGAGCCAAUGUUGAAAAGACUUCAAAUUAACGAAAGCUAGAUUUAUGAGUUUAUUUUUAUUAAUAUUUUAUAAUUAAAACACUAAAUACAAAAAACAUACCGUUUCAAAACGUUGAAUGUUAAAUUCAUAAUAAAAUUUGUUGGAAUUAUUCUACAAAUAUAGGGAGCUGUGAUUUUGAUUUAAUUGGCAUAUUUAAAGUUGAUGUUAAUAAAAGAAUAUGCGAAUUGAAAGAUAAAUACAAAGCGCAACAAAUA